AUGUCGUCAACCGAACUUCCCCGCAUUAGGGCCUGUCUUUUUGACAUGGACGGUCUCCUGCUAAACACAGAAGACAUCUACACAACCAUCACAAACUCUGUUCUACAAGAAUAUGGCAAGCCCAACAUGCCCUGGUCUCUCAAGGCCCAGAUACAAGGCCGACCUGCUCCUGAGGCCAUCAAAAUCUUCCAUGACUGGGCAGAUCUACCCAUCUCACAGGACGAGUACGCCGCUAAAAUAGCGGUACAACAACAAAAGCUGUUCCCUGAGGCGGCACCAUUGCCCGGCGUAGUCAAACUGCUUAAUGAUCUUCAUGCUACUACUAACACUUCUCAGCCAGUUUACAUUGCCUUGGCAACAUCAUCUCACAAGCGCAACUAUGAGCUCAAAACAAGUCAUUUACAGGAUCUCUUCUCUUUGUUCCCUAAAGAUAGACAGGUUCUAGGCGAUGAUCCGCGUAUCGGCAAAGGGCGCGGGAAACCAUUGCCAGAUAUCUACUUGCUUGCCCUCGAGACCAUCAACCAGGAGCUUCGCGAGAAGGGAGAAGAGCCUAUCAAACCAGAGGAGUGUCUGGUCUUUGAAGAUGCUGUUCCAGGUGUUGAAGCUGGUCGUCGUGCGGGGAUGCAGGUUAUUUGGUGUCCUCAUCCGCUUGUGUUAGAUGUGUACAAGGGGCGAGAGGAAGAGGUUCUUGCAGGUCUUACUGGAGAACACAAGGAGGAAGAGAAGACUGAUGCUGAAAAGGAAGCCGAUGAAUUACAAGGGGAAAGAUUGGCCCAGGCUAAGGGAUCGGGCAAGCCCGGGAAACUGGGUGAUGGGUUUGCUCGUUUGUUUUCUACUCUGGAGGAUUUCCCGUAUGAGAAGUACGGCAUUGUCAUUCCGUCAUAG